AUGAUGUCAUCCAAGCCAACAGCCUACCCCAGCCUAUAUGAAACCACACCUAAUUAUUACCCAUCAAGCACCUUUACAACUCCUGGGUCUCAACAACCUCUGAGUUUCACCUGCCUAGGAAACCAAGUGCAGAGUGGUCAGCCUCCCUUCUUCACUUAUCCAAGAAUCUUCACCAACAGUCCGCAGGGUCAAGGAAAUAUACAAAUGGUAAAUCCAGCCAGAGGAAAAGCAGCUACAAACUUUAAAGAAGAAGCAAAGGCACUAGGGGCAAUCCAGAUCAUUAUUGGACUGAUGCACAUUGGCUUUGGAGUUAUUUUGGGUUCAAUGGCCUCCAUUAAAAAGGGAGUUUGGGGUUUUGCUUCCUGGUCUUUUAUUAUCGGAUAUCCAUUCUGGGGCGGCCUUUCUUUCAUUAUUACCGGAGCACUCUCUGUUUCAGCAUCCAAUCACCUUUCCCCUUGUCUGAUAAAAAGCAGCCUGGGAAUGAAUAUUCUUAGUUCUAUCUUUGCCAUCAUUGGACUGAUUCUGUUGCUACUGGAUGUGAGCAUUAACGGGGAGGCUGACCAAGACUACUGGGCAGUGCUUGCUGGGAAAGGAAUUUCAGCCAUGCUGAUCAUCUUCUCUCUCUUGGUGAUCUUUAUAACUUCUACCACAGUCCACUUUACCACCCAAGCAAUCAACACCACCGAUGGGUCUGUCCAGGCUAUUCCAAUUAUGUAUGCAAACAGUCCCUUGACAACAGGGUCGUCCACAGUUGCUCCCAAAAAUGCUGGCUACGAAACUUGUACCCUCCCCCAACACCACUAG